GUGAGAGUGGCUCCAACUUUCUUCUUCUUCUUCACGCUCAGAUUCAAAUUAAAUUAAAGUGUCAAAACAUCAGUGACAGUCAAACGAAGACUGUGAGAGGCUGUGGAAACUCUCCAGUGCAUUGAUGAUAGUCAGGACACACACAGGUGAAGGUUGAAGGUGUGUGUGAGCUGAUCCAGCGGAUCCAGUGAAUCCAGCUGCAUGGAUCAGUGUGAGGACACACAGGAGGGAGCCCCUCCUUCUACGAAAAGGAAAACUAAAAAACGUAGGAAACGGAGAAAAGCUCAGAGGAACCAACCUGGACCUGGAGAUGAACCCAGCUGUGUGUCUUUCAGGAGUGACAAGUCAAAGGAUUUUAUCUUGAACUUCAAAGCCAGUCCAGGAGUGGAACAAGUCUACCAGCAGAGCUCAGAGACUCCCAGGGGUCCAUCUGUCCAGCAGCAUCAAACACAGCUGGACUCCAUAUUUCUGGUCUGUACAUGAACAAUAACUACUUUUCCAUCAUUCUGUUCACAGUCAUCUCCAUGAUGCACUUUGUAGACCAGUGGAUUGUCAGUGUGUCCAACAUGGAGCUGAUGUUUGGCUCCAUGACUUCACUCUGAUUGGCUCAUUCAUCUAGAAUUCUGUUGCAGCUGCUGGAGGACAACAUUGUCACUUUUGUGAAGAAGGAGCUGAAGAAGAUCCAGAAGAUUCUAAGUCAGAGGGAGGAGGAGGAGGAACUGGAGGAUGAAGAUGAAAAUCAGAGGAGCAGCAGAGAGUCACUGGUGAAGAUUACAGUGAACUUCCUGAGGAGAAUGAAGCAGGAGGAGCUGGCUGAUCGACUGCAGAACAAAUCGUUUGCAGGUUGUCGGCACAUAGUUCAAUCUGGUCUGAAGAAGAAGUUCCAGUGUGUGUUUGAGGGAAUCGCUAAAGCAGGAAACCCAACCCUUCUGAAUGAGAUCUACACAGAGCUCUACAUCACAGAGGGAGGAACUGGAGAGCUGAAUGAAGAACAUGAGGUCAGGAAGAUUGAAGCAGCAUCCAGGAAAGCAGACAGAGCAGAAACAAGCAUCAGACAAGAAGAGCUCUUUAAACUCCCAACUGGAAGACAAGAACCAAUCAGAACCGUGAUGACAAAGGGUGUGGCUGGCAUCGGGAAAACAGUCUUAACACAGAAGUUCACUCUGGACUGGGCUGAAGGCAAAGCCAACCAGAACAUCCACUUCAUAUUUCCAUUCACUUUCAGAGAGCUGAAUGUGCUGAAAGAGGAGAAGUUCAGCUUGGUGGAACUUGUUCAUCACUUUUUCCCUGAAACCAAAGAAGCAGGAAUCUGCAGCUUUAAAGACUUCCAGAUCAUCUUCAUCUUUGAUGGUCUGGAUGAGUGUCGACUUCCUCUGGACUUCCACAAGACUCAGACCCUAACUGAUCCUAGAAAGUCCACCUCAGUGGGUGAUCUGCUGACAAACCUCAUCAGGGGGAACCAGCUUCCCUCGGCUCGCCUCUGGAUAACCACACGACCUGCAGCAGCCAAUCAGAUCCCUGCUGAAUGUGUUGACAUGGUGACUGAGGUCAGAGGGUUCAAUGAUCCACAGAAGGAGGAGUACUUCAGGAAGAGAUUCCAAGAUAAGAAAAAGCAGGCCAAAAAGAUCAUCUCCCACAUCAAGAGAUCCCGAAGCCUCCACAUCAUGUGCCACAUCCCAGUCUUCUGCUGGAUCACUGCUACAGUUCUGGAGGAUCUGCUGAAGAGCAGAGAGGGAGGAGAGCUGCCCAAGAGCCUGACUGAGAUGUACAUCCACUUCCUGGUGGUUCAGGCCAAAGUCAAGAAGGUCAAGUAUGAUGGAGGAGCUGAGACAGAUCCUCACUGGAGUCCAGAGAGCAGGAAGAUGAUGGAGUCUCUGGGAAAACUGGCUUUUGAGCAGCUGCAGAAAGGAAACCUGAUCUUCUAUGAAUCCGACCUGACAGAGUGUGGCAUCGAUAUCAGAGCAGCCUCAGUGUAUUCAGGAGUGUUCACACAGAUCUUUAGAGAGGAGAGAGGACUGUACCAGGACAAGGUGUUCUGCUUCAUCCAUCUGAGUGUUCAGGAGUUUCUGGCUGCUCUUCAUGUCCACCUGACCUUCGUCAACUCUGGAGUCAACCUCAUGGAGGAAGAACAGAAAAAGUCUUGGUUUUUCACUGUUUUUCAGAACAGCUCAGUUCAGUUCUACCAGAGUGCUGUGAACAAGGCCUUACAGAGUCAAAAUGGACACCUGGACUUGUUCCUCCGCUUCCUCCUGGGUCUUUCACUGCAGACCAAUCAGAAUCGCCUACAAGGUCUGCUCACACAAAUAGAAAAUAGCUCACAGACCAAUCAGAAAACAGUCCAGUACAUCAAGGAGAAGAUCAGUGAGAAUCUGUCUGCAGAGAAAAGCAUCAACCUGUUCCACUGUCUGAAUGAACUGAAUGAUAGUUCUCUAGUGGAGGAGAUCCAACAGUCCCUGAGUUCAGGACGUCUCUCCACAGAUGAACUGUCUCCUGCUCAGUGGUCAGCUCUGGUCUUCAUCUUACUGUCAUCAGAAGAAGAUCUGGAAGUGUUUGACCUGAAGAAAUACUCUGCUUCAGAGGAGGCUGUUCUGAAGCUGCUGCCAGUGAUCAAAGCCUCCAGCAAAGCUAUACUGAGUGGCUGUAACCUGUCGGAGAGAAGUUGUAGAGCUCUGUCUUCAGUUCUCAGCUCUCAGUCUUCCAGACUGAGAGAUCUGGAUCUGAGUAACAACAACCUGCAGGAUUCAGGAGUGAAGCUUUUGUCUGCCGGACUGGAGAGUCCACACUGUGAACUGGAGACUCUCAGUCUGUCGGGCUGUCUGAUCACAGAGGAAGGCUGUGCUUCUCUGGCUUCAGCUCUGAACUCCAACCCCUCCCAUCUGAGAGAGCUGGACCUGAGCUACAAUCAUCCAGGAGAGGCUGGAAUUAAGCUGCUUUCUGCUGCACUGGAGGAUCCACACUGGAGACUGGACACUCUCAGGGCGGAGCCUGCUGGAGUCCAGUGGUUGACUCCAGGUCUGAGGAAGUAUUCCUGUCGCCUCACAAUCGACACAAACACAGUGCACAAAAACCUCAAACUGUCUGAAGAUAACAGGAAGGUGACACGUGUAACAGAGCUUCAGUCAUAUCCUGAUCAUCCAGACAGAUUUGAUCACUGGUAUCAGCUGCUGUGCAGAGAUGGUCUGACUGGUCGCUGUUACUGGGAGGUUGAGUGGAGUCAAAAAGUUUCCAUAUCAGUGAGUUACAGAGGAAUCGGAAGGAAAGGAAACAGUCAUGACUGUUUGCUUGGACAGAACAAUCUGUCCUGGGGUCUGUUCUACUCUGGUUAUGAUGGUUUCUAUGCCUGGCACAAUAACAAAAAGAUAUCAAUCGGCUCUUCCUCCUCCUCUUCCUCUCACAGAGUAGCAGUGUAUGUAGACUGUCCUGGUGGUGUUCUGUCCUUCUUCAGAGUUUCUAAUGACUCACUGAUCCACCUUUACACCUUCAACACCACAUUUACUGAACCUAUUUACCCUGGAUUUGGGAUCUGGCCUGAUUCUUCAAUAGUUCUGUGUUAAGCUCAGUUUUAAUGUUGUGGAUCUGUUAGAUAAUUUCUCUGUUUACUAAAUGGCCAAGUAUUUAUUUACAAGCUGAUUUUCAGAAUAAUAUUUUCAAUCUGUUACUUCCUGAAACUCAUCACAUUAAUAUCUUGUAAAGUUAUUCCUCUUCCAGUUCUCAUAAAUGGAAGCUGUUGUUUAACAGUCCACAUCAAAUGCUUUUGUUCAAAGUUCAUCAUCUUAGUAUGUAUUUUCAGUUAUUAUUUAAACCCUUUUAUUUUUAAUGUCUUGAAAUCUAUAACACAUUCUUGAUAUCCUUAUGUCUGAUAAUUGUUACCAGUUAACUAAUCUUUCAGGUGUGUUCAAGCUCUCUGCAGCUCAAACAUAUUUAGACGCAUUUAAUCUUUUUCAUACUUUUUUUAAUGAUUUAUUUUAAUUGAAAAAAUAAUCAACAUGCAUCCUUAUGAUGUUUGAUACUUGCUUUGCAUUAAUGACUCUUCUAAUGGAAAAUAAUCUGCAUAUGUAUACAUAUAUAUAGUUUACAUAUAUUUUUUUUUAUGUUUGAUACUUGAUUUAUAUUACUGUAUUGAUCCUUUAGUGACAAAAAAAUAAUCUGCAGAUUUUAGAUUUUUUCCUCAACUUUAAUAAUUGAUCUCCAUACACUAUGAUAAAGUCUGAAAUAGUGUAAUAUGUACUUACAUAGCCAUGUUCAUUGUUUUAAUGUAAGGAUUCUUAAUGACCUGUAUUUAUGUUGAAAAGAUAUAUAUAUCCCAUCAGAAAUUAUGAGCCGGAUAAUAAUAAUUCAUGUAAAGAAAAUGGUUUGGUAGCACCGGAGUGUGAUUAUAUAAAUUUGUUUGCCACCACUCCCUUUCAAGCAAUCUAUCAUUUGAUGUGUAGUUAUUCCAUGUUUGACAUGUAUUUAUGGGUGUAAAAUUCCAUUGAUUGAUUGUAUGGCACAUGCAUUAUUCUUUCUUGGUUGCUUGAAAUAAACAAUUCUUAAUCUUA